AUUACAAAUAAAUAAGAGAGGACGGGUCUGUAACCAGAGAGCAGACGCGAGGAGGAAGGCCAAAGGAAUAUAAGAGAUAGCCGUAACGCGACCACUCUCCCUUUCUCUCCCUGCGCUUCGAGAGAGGACAUUUGAUUCUCUCAGCCGAGGAAGGAUCCGGAGAUGGCGGCGACGAGGACGGAAUCGAGGAACCAGGCGUCGAUUCCGCCGUACAUGAAGGCAGUCUCGGGGUCGCUCGGCGGAGUCGUCGAGGCUUGUUGUCUUCAACCGAUUGACGUCAUCAAGACGCGUCUCCAGCUAGAUCGCGGCGGCGUUUACAAGGGAAUCGCGCACUGCGGCUCCACGGUGGUUCGCACCGAAGGAGUUCGCGCUCUGUGGAAGGGUUUAACUCCCUUCGCGACUCACCUCACCCUCAAGUACACGCUCCGUAUGGGAUCCAACGCCAUGUUCCAAACCGCGUUCAAGGAUUCCCAGACCGGCAAGCUCAGCAACCAUGGCCGUGUGCUUUCCGGAUUUGGCGCUGGUGUUCUCGAAGCCCUCGCCAUUGUUACACCCUUUGAGGUGGUGAAGAUUAGACUUCAGCAACAGAAAGGAUUAAGUCCGGAGCUCUUCAAGUACAAAGGACCCAUACAUUGUGCUCGAACCAUCGUGAAAGAAGAAACCAUAUUGGGGCUAUGGUCAGGUGCAGCACCGACGGUUAUGCGUAACGGCACCAACCAAGCAGUAAUGUUCACAGCAAAAAAUACCUUUGACGUCCUCUUGUGGAACAAACACGAAGGAGACGGUAAAGUCUUGCUGCCAUGGCAAUCAAUGAUCUCAGGGUUCUUAGCUGGAACGGCAGGUCCGUUCUGCACCGGGCCAUUCGAUGUGGUUAAAACGAGGUUGAUGGCUCAGAGCCGAGACGGUGAAGGUGGGCUGAAAUAUAAAGGGAUGGUUCAUGCCAUUAGGACGAUCUAUGCAGAGGAAGGAUUAUUGGCUCUAUGGAGAGGGUUAUUGCCAAGGCUAAUGAGGAUUCCUCCAGGACAAGCCAUUAUGUGGGCUGUUGCUGAUCAGGUCACUGGUCUUUAUGAGAAGAGAUAUCUCCUCAAUGCUCCUUUAUAGAGACCACCAUUUUUUUUUUCAAGUCAGGGUUUCCUGCUGGUUUAUUUUUGUAAUUUUUGUUAGGAUUUGGAAUCCAAAUUUGAUUUUCCCGAGAA